ACGCCACGAGUUCCGCGCCGGAGUGCUUCGGCUCCGGUAGGGCGCCGCGGCGGCGGAGGGAGGCGGCGGCGUGCCCGGUGCCCCCCCAUCUGGGGCUCUGGCCCGGUGGCAGGUAGAGGGGCUGGGAAGGUAGCUGGAGGGGGGACGGGCUCUCCGGCUCUCCCCACCAGAACCCACAGAUCUUCCUCCGCACUUCUUCUACUCGCGCUCACGCGCCUUGCCCAUCUCGCGUCGGCCGGAACCGGAGCCGGUUAACCCGUUGCCGCGACGCAGCCGCGGCGAUGCAGUCGUCGGAGCCCUCCUCCUCCCCGAUCUUCCUCAACAUCGGGGGCAAGCAUUACGCGACCACCGUGGAGACGCUCACGCAGCGGGAGCCCAACUCCAUGCUCGCCGCCAUGUUCAGCGGGAGGCACACGCUCCCCCGCCACCCGGACACGGGCAUGGUGUUCGUGGACAGGGACGGAAAGCACUUCAGGCAUAUCCUCAACUGGCUCAGGGACGGCGCCGUCCCAGCCAUGUCGGAGUCCGAGUGCCAGCAGCUCCUGCGAGAAGCGGAGUACUACCAGUUGCUCGGUUUGGCUGAUUGCAUAAAUGAGAUUUUGGGUUGGAAAAAGGAUGAGAAUUUGUUGGAAGCCGAAUUGACACGCAAGGAUGUGAUCAAGUGCAUCCAGGCUCCGAAAGUCAGAUUUCGUGGUGUAAAUCUUUCUGGCCUUGAUCUAUCCAAACUUGACUUAUCAGAGGUGGACUUCAGUUAUGCAUGCAUAAAGAAUGCCAAUUUUUGCUCUGCUUAUCUUCGCAAAGCAAAGUUCAGGCGGACAGAAGCUACUUGUUCUUCAGUCCAGAGUGCAAAUUUACAUGAGUGUGAGCUUAUUGGAGCAAAUCUUGAAGGAUCUGUUCUAGAUAAAGCAAACCUUCAAAGUGCAAACCUACAGGAUGCAUGUUUAAAGGAUUGUUCCUUCAUUGAAACGGAUCUUCAUUCUGCUCAUUUACAGGGUGCUAACCUUAUGGGUGCCAACUUGAGUGGAGCUAAUCUUGAAGGGGCCAACCUCAAGGGAGCUAAGUUGGCCGGUACAAACCUGGAGGGUGCAAAUCUUCAGCGAGCCUACUUACGAGAAGUUGAUUUGCGUGAGACUCAUUUAACUGGUGCUAAGCUUGGAGGCGCAAAUUUGCUUGGAGCUUGCAGAUAGUACCGAGGAGAAACUUAUAUCCUCUACAUUUACAAUUAAACUGGAACUUGUGCCUUAUACCUAACAUGAUCUUGCCUGCACCAACUGUUGUUCAGGGAAAUAGUUCCUUGGUAUCGACUGCAGAUAGUCACACAGCUUUAGCCGCUUGUUGUACACUAUAUACUUGUCACAUUCCUCUGAUUCAAAAGUUCGAUGAUGAACUGUAGGAUGUUUUAAGGGUAUAUGUAUAGGAAGCGGAUCAUCUGAUGUUAAGUCAGAGGGACGUCGUCGAUGAUAUGUGGGCCCCACCAUCCAUGGGCCCACAUGUCAGUGCCUUGAGUCUAUCUGACUCGCCAGACGAUCUCGUUCCAUAUGUAUAUUAGUCAAGGGUGUUUUGUACUCGGUUUAUAUGCUCUUUGAGAGCCUAAGUCCAUCAAUCAAUGGUUCAAUCCCCAAGUUCCUCCCUUGUUCUAGCUCGUGUCAGGCUGCAGCUAGUUGCUUAGUAUCAUCAUGGAUAGAAGAUGUUCUAUACAUUCAAAAAUAGGAAAUGUUCUGCAUAUCUAUUUGGGAUACCCAUGCGUUGCAAUGAGAUUUUAU